AUGGUAAAGCGGUCGAAGAUUGCGAAAUCAGGCCCCAAUGAGCGGCGGACAAUUAGUCGGGAAGAUGUCGGGUUUUACAAUGCGCUAGUCAUAGCGGCAGUUUACGAGGUUGUCAAUGAUGAGAUAGACAUGGACUCGGCUCAGUCCUUUAUUCCGCCCCUGAAACACUGCAUUCAGAAACAUCCCUAUCUGAGCGUGGUCGUCAAGGACAAGCAUACCGAAAAACCUGCUUAUGAAGGUGUAUCGUGUGUCAAUCUCGAAAACCAUAUCUCGAUCAUCCACGACGAUCAGAUCAGUACUAAUGGAGAGGUGGCCACGAUUCAAAAGGCCCUGCCAUCGAUACUUGACCGGCGAUGGCCUGCUGGAAUCCCACCUUGGCGCAUUGUCGUCCUCCCUCUGUUGCCGCGGGACUCCGUGACGCGCUGUUUUAUAGCGUUUUCGCUCUCUCAUACUCUCGGGGAUGGCAUGGUGGGACCCAUCUUUCAUCGUACCUUUUUGGAUGCAUGGCGUCAGACGACUGGCGUGGACGAGAAACGGUCUUUUCUGGUGACUCCGCCAAGUCGAACGCUUCCAGCACCCUUUGACACGCCCGAGAGGCUUCCCAUCUCUUGGAAGUUUCUCCUGGGGCCGCUGAUAGCCGUGUACUUGCCUAAGUGCUUAGCGAACAUCCUCGGACUCCGCGCAGCUGCCAGUACCGUUGAUUCCGGUACCUGGACCGGGUCGCGCAUCUUCUCUGAGCCGGGGUCUGUCCCCAAGAGUGGAGUGAGACUCCUCGAGAUCGAGGCUCCGCUGCUACAGAAGGCUCUCCAGACGUCGAGAAAUCAUGACACCAAGCUCACCGCAACCGUGCACCAGAUGGUGAUUCGAGCGUUGAGCAAGGCCAUUCCCAACCGCGAUAUCACCAAUUUUGUCUCAACAACGGCUGUCGACAUGCGAGGGUCUAUUGGCACGCCAGGUUCCACAUGGGGUCUUUUUGUGUCUGGCCAUUACGAAGUACACCCGCGUCCACUUGACGUAUCGCAGCCUGUGUUAUCAAAUGAGACCUGGGCAGCAGCGACCUCGAUGACGAAGAAACUCGCCGAAUGUGCCACGACGCUGCAGGACCAAGCAAUUGGUCUGCUUAGAUAUGUCCCCAGUAUCAGAAAUUGGACACUGGGGAAACUCGGACAACAGCGAGAUUCCUCUUACGAAAUGAGCAACUUACUUGCCUUCGAUGGCAUGAGUGGUGAUGCAAAUAAUUCCAAAUGCAAGAUUAGCAAGAUGGUGUUCGUGCAGCCCGGGAAUGUUCCCAGCGCUCCGCUGGUGUUCAACAUGAUCAGUGUCAAGGGUGGUAGCUUGGUAUGUGCGGUUAGUUGGCAAGUGGGAGCCUUGGAUGUGCCGAUAGAAGAAGAGUCGGCCUUGGUUGAUGCGAUAUGUUCAUCACUUCACGCGGACUUUGAAGCCUUGAGUGAUUGA